AUGGGUGAUCGUAGUCAAGUUCUAUUGGCCCCGCCACUCCAGUUCGUGCAGUUGCGUCAAACUCUGCGCACUUCCUGUCUCCAAGCUUCGGUCUCCGAGUUAAAAGUCACUCUAUGUGCACUUGAUUUACCUUGUGACGAUACUGUCAGGAUACGUAAAAGGUUCCACCUGCAAAACGUGGGAGACGGUCAAAUGGAACUGUACGCAGAGACAGAAUCGCCGUGGAGUGUCGACGUCAUUCGCCAAAUCUGCGACGCUCAUUGUAUUAAAGUUCGAGCGGAGCUUUCGAAUAGAUUGAAACUUUGUCUUCCCCCUCGAAGUUCUACUGAAGUGAUGGUGGAAGUGUCUUUAAAAACGACGGAAGUCUGGCCAGCGAGCAACGUGAAGUAUUUACCCAAAUCGGUGUCCACUUCUGUUGUCUGCUUCUUCGAACUCGAACACGUCAAGUUAUUGUCUAUACCUCUUGUGCUGGAAAUAGAGUAUCCGGUCGUUACAACAGAACCGGCAGUCAUUGACUUUGGUGACGUCAGUGACGAGGGCACAAGGAAGACUUACGUCACUGUCUCGCAUUCCAGUCCCCUAACAACACUCGACCUGAUAGUAAGCUGGACGGGUGACGAACAGUUCCGCCUGUGGCCGACAAAAUUGACUCUGCAGCCUCGAACCAGUGAGCGCGUUUACAUUGAGUACACAGCCAUAUGGUUGUCAGGCUCAAGCGCAGGAGGUACAAUCUCGGUGUUCGCGCGCGGCCCGGCGGGGCAGUGGUGCGUCUCGACCACCCGCGUGACGGCACACCCGCAGCGCUGCGUGUCGCGCUCCGGGCAGACACACGUCGACUUCACCGACGACACGCACUUGAUACCCCGUAGUGUACGUGAUGUAUUAGUACAAAAAUAACAUUUAAUAAAGAUUAUUUCAA